AUGGAACCUUUACACCCGACAAUUGCUUCUUGGCCAUUCGAUGCAUGGGAUCCAGAUGUAGUUGACCCAUUAACCAAGUCUUCUGCGGGCCACUUAAAAAUCUUGGUUGCCAAAGAUUACUUCUCCAAGUGGGCAAAAGCCAUCCCACUUGAAGAAGUCAAGAAAGUAAUUAUUGUGGACUUCAUCAAAUCCAACAUUAUUUAUCAGUGUGGUGUGUCUCGCUACAUCAUCACCGAUAACGGAAAGCCUUUCUACAACAGUCUAAUCGAUAAACUUUGCGAAAGGUUUGAAUUUAAGCAACGCAAUUCUUCAAUGUACAGUGUACCUAGCAACGGAAUAGUAGAGACGUUUAACAAAACUUUGGGCAACCUAUUGAAAAAAGUAGUUACUAAAUCAAAGCGGGAUUUUCAUAAAAGAAUUGAAGAAGCUCUCUGA